GUGUUUCAACAGACCCAUACCAUUACGCCCACUCUUGCUUGUCACAACUUGGCGUUGUAACACCUUGAUAGAUAUGGCUACACUCUCUGUGCCGUCACCCGGUCUAGGCUCGGCUUCAUUGGGCGGCAGCAUUCACAGACCACUCUCCACUCACGGCCUGCCAAAGCAGCCUCGUACCAUGUCAUCCGAACGACCGCAUCGUUUCUCAGCAAAAAGUUACCCUCCUCCCGCCCUCGUCCACACUCCCAUGACACCAAGGUCGUUGGGGCCAAUGUCGCCGCCACCAAUGUCCGCAAAGUCGUUUGGCACCUUCAUCGACUCUGAGCCGUCCACACCAGCCUACUCACCACGAAUGGACCAUGGAUGGGAUGACUCUUCGGUGGUCUUGGUCAGACCCAUGUCUUCGUCUUCUGAACCUUCCAGUCCUACAGAGCCUGUAUGGCGUAUGCUGCAACCACUUCCAGCAAAGGCUCCAACCAAGCCCAAGCCUAGCUCCACCAUUGUUCAGCCCAAACAACCCGCAAUCACAGCUAGAGAGAUUUCGUCAAACACAUCGAUUGCAUCACAGCCAAGGCAGAUCAGUCACAUUAGUCAUCCAAAUCAGUUCAAGCUGGCAGACCUAUCUCAACAAGACUAUGUCUCGGACCACCAUGACAGCGCAAAAGAAGAAGAGAAGAAGCAAGAAGAUCAAAGUUCCGGUACACCUACAACAGCGACCUUUGGGGGCAAGCUAGCAUCCAAGAUGAAACUGAUGCUCCGGCGCAAGAACACAAAUGCCAAGAAGAAGGAGAAGAAGAAGAGGGUAUACGAAGAGGUUGACAAGAUUGAGGCUGUACAUUGGACUGAGAUGUAA